CACAAACAAGUUUACGCUCUGCACCAAAACUUGAGUUAUCAUAAGUCAUAACAUAUUGGCUCAAAUGGGGAUAGCAGAAGCAUGCUCCAGAUUCCUUGGUGACUUUUUACAAGCAUUGAAAUGCUCCUCAAAAAGCUCAGUGUCUCACCUUGAUCAUAAUUAUCAUGACCCUUCUUCAUGCAAGCCCCAGAAUGUGCUCAAACUUGAUGACAAGAUGGUUGGUGCCCUUGUCAGUGUUUUUGGCAUGGAAACCAAUGGGAGAAUCAAGAAGCUUGGUUUGAUGUAUGAUAAUAAGCCCUCAUCAUCAUCAGGGUUUGAGCUAGCUGAGGGUGGCUUGCUUGAUGAUGAAGUGCCUGUGGAAGAGGUUCUUGGUGAGUUGGAGGACAUGUCAAAACGCAGUGAGCUUUUGCAUGAAGCCUUCAAGAUCUUUGAUGAGGAUGGGGAUGGAUACAUAGAUGCAAUGGAGUUGAAGAAGGUGCUUGAUUGCUUGGGGUUGGACAAGGGUUGGGAUAUGAGUGCUAUUGAGAAGAUGGUCAAGGUUGCUGAUUUGAACUUUGAUGGCAAGGUUUAUUUUGGUGAGUUUGAAUUGAUGAUGGGGUAGCAUGCACUUAGAAUCAGUUACAAAUGCAUUGAAUUUAGGAAUAAUUAUUGAGCUGAUAAUUGUAUAUUAAUUGAUUGAUUCCAGCAUUUUAUGACAAAAAUAUGAAGAUUGUUUUUACUUUGCA